CAGCUCUGCGCCUCAGAGAGACCGCUUCGCCACUGUUCUGGCCCUGGAAGCUGAGCUGAAGCCUUUCGCCUCCCCCCCUCUUGCCGCAGUGGGAGUUCCUGCGCAUCCCGGAAGAGAGGACCGAGCACUUCCGCCUGCCGGGACCGGACCGCAGCCGCCACCAUGACCGCCACGCUGCGCCCGUACCUGAACGCGGUGCGCGCCACGCUGCAGGCUGCGCUGUGCCUGGAGAACUUCUCCUCGCAGGUGGUGGAGCGGCACAACAAGCCCGAGGUGGAAGUCAGGAGCAGCAAAGAGCUGCUGUUGCAGCCAGUGAUCAUCAGCAGGAACGAGAAGGAGAAGGUCCUCAUCGAGGGCUCCAUUAACUCUGUGCGUGUCAGCAUCGCGGUGAAGCAGGCUGAUGAGAUCGAGAAGAUCUUGUGCCACAAAUUCAUGCGCUUCAUGAUGAUGAGGGCUGAGAACUUCUUCAUCCUGCGCAGGAAGCCCGUGGAGGGCUAUGACAUCAGCUUCUUGAUCACAAACUUCCACACGGAGCAGAUGUACAAGCACAAGCUGGUGGACUUUGUCAUCCAUUUUAUGGAGGAGAUUGACAAAGAAAUCAGUGAGAUGAAGCUCUCUGUCAACGCGAGGGCCCGCAUUGUGGCAGAGGAGUUCCUCAAGAACGCCGUGGUGCAGGACCCCGUGGCCCCUGACGCCUGUGCCCGCCGGGCACUCUGCCUGUGCCCGCUGCCCUGCAGCCCCUGGCCGUGCCGGGGGCCGUGCCGGCAGCAGCUCCCGCUUGCGGCAGAGCGGUCCCGGCCGCUGCCGCUGUCUCGGCAGGUGGCCACCAGCAGGCACCAUGGCUACCACCACCCUCGUCUUGAUCCUGAGCGGCUCAAGAGGGCCAGGAUGCAUGUGGAGAGGGCCAUCAAGGAGAAGAAGAUCUUCAUGGUACAGGGCCCCUACCCCAUCAUCCGCAGCCUGCUACGUGCUCGGGGCUGGGUGGAGAGGAAGUUCCCCAGGGCAAGCAGGCAGAUGGAGCAGCAUCAUGGCUGCCAGAAGCAGCUCCAGGAAGAAGAGGAAGAAGGUGAUGGUGCUGACCAGGGGGAGGCAGUGCCUUCCCUGGGGACAUCAGAGUCCCCAUGGCCACCUGAGGAGGAAGAGGAAGAGCAGUGGGAGGAGGACCCUGAUGGCAUCCACAAGUUCAUGUCCCACCUGGUGCGGGACCAGGUGCCAUACUUCAUCUGGACCAACCGCUGCAAUGCUGUUGACUAUCGGCGGCUGCAGCAGGACCAGGUGGUGAACCACUACAUAGGGGCCAGCGCCUUUACCACCAAGGAAAGGCUGUGCCUCAGCCUGCAAAACCUGCCCUGGUGUGACCAGGCUGACCCCAACACCUUCUUUCCCCGGUGCUACCGGCUAGGGUCUGCAGAUGAGCAGCAAGCCUUCAUUGGUGACUCGCAGCCUGCUCAAAGGCUGGGAUCUCCCCUGCUCCCACAGCUGGUGGAGGAAGCCCUGCGGCUCUGUGGGCAGCACCUGGGCAGUCUGGGGCACCAGGACAUCGAUGGGGACACCUUGUCCCCCGGCAUGACAGGCACCAACUGGCACCGCUUCCUGCAGGAUUACUACCGUGUGGUGCAUGAGGGGGCUGUGCUGGCACUGACUGGGGCACAGCGGGACCAGUGCCGGGCCCUGCUGCAGCACAUGGCGGGGUGGCUGCCCCAGCUCAGCAUGGAGGGACACAGCAACAUCUGGAUCCUCAAGCCCGGUGCCAAAUCCCGCGGCAGGGGCAUCACCUGCACAGCACGGCUGGAGGAGGUGCUGCAGGUGGCAAAGACCUGCACGGCAUCCAUGUCGUGGGUGGUGCAGAAGUACGUGGAGCGGCCCCUGCUCGUCUUUGGUACGAAAUUCGACAUCCGUCAGUGGUUCCUGGUGACUGACUGGAACCCACUGACUGUCUGGUUUUACCGGGAGAGCUACCUGCGCUUCUGCUCCCAGCCCUUCUCCCUGCGCCACCUGGACCCCGCCCGGCACCUCUGCAAUGUCUCCAUCCAGAAGCGGUACCGGCCGGCACGGAGCCGGCACCCCCAGCUGCCCCCCGACCAGAUCUGGUCCUGCAAGCAGCUCCAGGCACACCUGGCACAGGUGGGGCAGCCAGGUGCCUGGCACCAGGUGAUGGAGCCUGGCAUGAAGGCAGCGGUGGUGGGGUCCCUGUGCAGUGCCCGGGAACUGGUGAAGCCCCGCAAGAGCAGCUUUGAGCUUUAUGGGGCCGACUUUAUCUUUGGGGAGGACUGCCAGCCCUGGCUGCUGGAAAUCAAUGCCAGCCCCACCAUGGCCCCCUCCUCAGCAGUGACCAAACGGCUCUGUGCCAGCGUCCAGCGGGACAUACUGCGUCUGAUCAUUGACCACAGGCUUGACCCUACCUGCCCCACCGGCGCCUUUGAGCUCAUCUACAAGGAGGCUGUUGUGCCCCAGCCUCUGUUCAUGGGGCAGAAGCUGAUGGUGAAAGGCUGCUCCCUGAGGAAGCCCCGGCCAGCCCAGCACCGUUCCUCCAGCAAGGCCCCCACCACAAUGCUCAGCCCCACCAAGUCCUCUGCACCCCUCAGCUCAUGGCACAAAGCCCCCCUGGUCCCUCAGCUGGAAGCACUGCAGAGGGAGCUGGCUCCUCUGUGGCCACAGAGCCACCCCUGCCCCCCCAUCUCUGCCCCCCUUGCACCACUACCACAGUCCUCUGUGUGCUCUGCUGGGAGUGGGGGGCUGCCACAGAUUGGCCCCCUGCACAGGCAGCCCCAGGAAGCUCUGCCCUGGCUUAGUGUCUGUCCCCUGACCAGGCUGCCUGUCGGGCCACCUCAGGGAGCACCAUCUGGCAGCCACUGGGGACCAAUGAGCCGAGACCCAUCCUGCCAGGGAGAUGUAUCCACUCAGCGCCUGAACCCCCUGGCCCUGCCCAGGGUCACCAAGUCCCGCUGCAGAGCAGAAGCACCUGGUGGCUCCUGGGGAGAUGCAGAAUAGCUGUGACACUGAAGGACACUGAGGAGGGGAGAGCAUCCUGCCCAUCUGGGCUGGAGC